UAUCUCGACAAUAUACUUAUCUUCUCUAAGAUAAUAGACAAACAUCGAAAGUAUAUAAAAGCAGUAUUAGACACGCUAUAUACGUAUAAGCUAUCAGUUAAUAAGGAAAAGAGCAAAUUCUAUAUUAGGAAAACGGUAUUUCUAAGAUAUAAAAUAUCCCUAGGACAAAUUCGGAUAGAACCUUUAAAGGUUAAAGCUAUUAAGAAUUAG